UAGGGUCUGGCGGGGCGGCGGAGGCAGCUGGACCAGACGGCUGACGAGGCGGCGCCGAGAUGGCCGAAGGCAGCGCUGUGUCCGACCCUCAGCAUGCCGCGCGUCUGCUGCGAGCGCUCAGCUCUUUCCGCGAGGAGUCCCGCUUUUGCGACGCGCACCUGGUCCUCGACGGGGAGGAGAUCCCCGUGCAGAAGAACAUCCUGGCGGCCGCCAGUCCGUACAUCAGGACAAAGUUAAACUAUAAUCCUCCAAAAGAUGAUGGAUCAACCUAUAAGAUUGAACUUGAAGGGAUAUCGGUAAUGGUUAUGAGAGAGAUCCUGGAUUACAUCUUCAGUGGGCAGAUCCGGCUGAACGAAGAUACAAUCCAAGAUGUUGUACAGGCAGCGGACCUGCUCCUGCUGACGGAUCUCAAAACGCUGUGCUGUGAGUUUCUGGAAGGCUGCAUCGCCGCUGAGAACUGCAUCGGCAUCCGUGACUUCGCCCUCCACUACUGCCUGCACCAUGUCCGCUACCUGGCCACGGAGUACCUGGAGACUCAUUUCCGCGACGUCAGCAGCACAGAAGAGUUCUUAGAACUCAGCCCGCAGAAGCUUAAAGAAGUGAUUUCUCUCGAGAAGUUAAAUGUCGGCAACGAAAGAUACGUGUUUGAAGCGGUAAUUCGAUGGAUAGCACAUGACACAGAACUGAGAAAGGUUCACAUGAAGGACGUGAUGUCAGCGCUGUGGGUUUCAGGGUUAGACUCCAGCUACUUACGGGAACAGAUGCUCAAUGAACCAUUAGUACGAGAAAUCGUCAGAGAGUGCAACAACAUACCACUGAGCCAGCCGCAGCAGGGGGAGGCCAUGCUCGCAAACUUCAAGCCCCGGGGCUACUCGGAGUGCAUUGUGACUGUUGGCGGAGAAGAGAGAGUUUCACGGAAACCAACAGCAGCGAUGCGAUGUAUGUGCCCUCUUUAUGACCCUAAUAGGCAGCUUUGGAUUGAACUGGCCCCUUUAAGCAUGCCAAGAAUUAACCACGGAGUUCUCUCAGCAGAGGGAUUCUUGUUCGUAUUUGGGGGCCAAGAUGAAAAUAAGCAGACCCUGAGUUCAGGAGAAAAAUACGACCCAGAUGCGAACACGUGGACGGCAUUGCCACCGAUGAAUGAGCCACGACAUAAUUUUGGUAUUGUGGAGAUAGACGGAAUGCUGUACAUUUUAGGAGGAGAGGAUGGUGAGAAAGAGCUAAUUUCCAUGGAGUGUUACGACAUUUAUUCUAAAACCUGGACGAAGCAACCUGACCUGACCAUGGUUAGAAAGAUCGGCUGCUAUGCAGCUAUGAAAAAGAAAAUCUAUGCCAUGGGAGGAGGGUCGUAUGGAAAACUCUUUGAAUCCGUGGAAUGUUAUGACCCAAGGACCCAGCAGUGGACUGCGAUCUGUCCGCUGAAGGAGAGAAGAUUUGGAGCUGUGGCCUGCGGCGUGGCCAUGGAGCUAUACGUGUUUGGGGGCGUCCGAAGUCGGGAGGACGUCCAGGGCUCUAAUGAGAUGGUCACUUGCAAGUCUGAAUUCUACCAUGACGAGUUUAAACGAUGGAUCUAUCUUAACGACCAGAACUUGUGCAUCCCCGCCAGCUCCUCUUUUGUGUACGGAGCUGUGCCCAUAGGAGCCAGUAUUUACGUUAUCGGAGACCUCGAUACAGGUACCAAUUACGACUACGUGCGUGAGUUUAAAAGAAGCACAGGGACCUGGCACCACACGAAGCCACUCCUUCCGUCCGACCUUCGCCGCACCGGGUGCGCAGCCUUACGCAUUGCAAAUUGCAAGCUUUUCCGCCUGCAGCUCCAGCAAGGCUUGUUCCGUAUCCGUGUCCAUUCACCUUGAAGAGGGGCCGGAGCAGAGGCGAAGCUCCCGACCAAACGCACCGUGACACAGCUUUCUGCGAGGGGAACAGAGGUGGCAGCCGAAACUUGCUCUGUGUGCCGGGCCUUGUAUGGUAACUCUGGUGGUUUUACUGUAAUGCUUAGAAGCCUGAGGUUCCGCUCUCGUUGGGGAGAACCCGUAACUGUGGAAAAAGCUCCCUUGGAGGAAUCCCGUCCUCCACUUAGAUGUGUCUGCAGACAAACGGAGGCUAGUCACUGUCAAAGGGAGAAGGGAAGUGGGAAUCAGUAUCAUGUAAAAUAUUGAAGUUAAAAUCCUAAGGUGCAUUUUCCCUGAAGGGAACUCAUAUCUGAGUGACUGCUGUGUUCGAGUACCUGGCUUUGGUAAACAAACAAAAAUCCGUAUAUGCAAAUCAACAUAUCCAAACUACCAAGAUUGCUUUCCUACUGCACUUGGAAGGAAAUAUCAUGCCUAACCCUGCCUGACCGAUUAAGGUUUGUGCCUAAAAUGUUAGAUUGGACUGUAUGCCGGUUAGUGUCCAUUUACUACUAGUACUGUGUCUGAAGACUCUUUUUUAAACUGUAUUAUCAUGAAUUGAAACUAAGAUAAAAUUUCUGGUUUACGACAUUCUAUCUUAGUCAUCUAAAGGUUCAGUAAAUCCAUGAGUCAGGUUGCAGCCCUCGUGUGAAUUUAAGGGAAGUUGCUAACUUCUGUAUUAAUUCAGAUACAUCAUGCCAUAAUUUCUGGGGUAGUUCUCCUGGAGUUGUGAAGGAUUCAUGCAGUGCUGUUCCUCCUUGCAAAUAAUCAGAACCAUUUUAUAAACACGAGGUUAUUAAGCAGAGUAGGAGAUUUUCUAGAAGAAAGACGUAAGUCAGACAAAUCAUAAAGGUCUGCUGUGACUACAAAAACUGUCCAGACAAAAUAUAUAGGGAUCAAAAACUUCAAUCUGUCUGAAAGCACACAAAGUCUUGUUUACUGCUGUUUAGGAUUGAAAACUUGUCUUGGAACACACACCUGCGUAAGAAUCUAGUCUUUGUAGCAGAAUUUUCUCAGUGCCGUUUACUAGCAAGAGUUUUAGACAAAUUAUGUUAUAAGUAAAGUUUGGCUGGUAGAAUAAACUACCUCAACUUAAUUUCAUUCUGUUCAUAGUAGAGCGAAUUAUCUCUUCCUCUACCCUCUGCCCCCCCCCACUCCCAUGUCACCCCACUUCCCGUUGGGGGAAAAAAGUCUGUCUUUAGUAGCACUUAUUUUAUAAGAUACUUUGUUUUCCAUUCAAAUUAUGCCACCUUAGUGUGCAAUCAGAGACUUCAAAGUGUGAUGACAUCAUAAUUUGAAUUUUAUGCAAUAUCAGAUUUCUAAUCAAUUUAAUACAGAGCUCUUCAUUUCUAAUUGUUUCCUACAGCUUUUUCCCCCCUCUUGGUAAAUGGCUGUAAGAAGCAGUAUUUUGUCUUAAUAAUUAAUAAAUGUAUAAAUGUAUCCUUUGGUUACAAAUUUGAGAAUAGGAGUUUCUUCUGGAAACUUCCUAGAUGGAAUGCUUGUAUGCUGUUAAUAACAUGCGUAUGAAACAUGGCUUAUGUUCCCCUCCCCCCAGCACCAUGAACAGAAAAAAGGGUUACCCCCUCUCUGCAGAUUUUUUUUUUUCUUACACCUACUAGGAGUCAGUACAAUGCUAUAAAAGUUGCCGGGAGAAGCCUUGCCUGUGGGGGUUCUAAAGAGUGUUGUGUGUGGCAGGAGAUCCUAGUAGAAGAAGGCAUGCGGUGUUUAUCUUCUGUAUCAGAGGCACUAGGCCAGAUUUGCCACACGUUCCUGUAACGCAGUCAAAUCCAGUGUAUAAAGCAAAGCUGACCUUUUUUUCUUUCUAUUGUGUACCAGUCAGCUGUAGUCUGCACACCUUCCCAGUGAUGCCUGGGGUAUCUUUUCAUCAAAACAAGCCACGCGACCACAGCAGAGAAAGCAAACUUCUUUUUCCAAUUAGAGAUUCAUUUUUUUAGGGGAAACAAAUCGCUGAAAAAGUGAAUUUUCUUUAGUAGCAUAUCCUGUACAGAACAGAACCUUGGCCUUCAGAAGUUGCAGCUGGGAUACGUUAAAGCAGUGACUGAUGUCCUAUGGAAGCCGUGACAGUCAGCAACUCUCUCUCUUUAAUUUCUGAAGCUUAAAAUUCUUCCCAGUCUACGCCAGGCCUCUCCAAGGAGACAGUUCAUUGUUUAGGAGUGAAUGAGUCCCUGUUGCAAUAUUUUCAGUGCCUGCAUGACUUGGUCAAUUCAUUUUAUAAAAACAGUUCUUUUUUAAGUUUUUUAUGCAGUUCAUUGACACAGUAGCUGCAGAAAUUAGGCAAUGUUUUUUAAAAUAAAUUUGCCACAUAUUAUGGGAUGCUAUCACCAACAGUAGCUGCUAAGUGCCAAACUGUUAUUUUCCUAUAUAUAAUAGAUAUAUUAAAAUACCACGUUGAAGUGUAGGAAUAUAUUUAAUUUUAUUAUGUUCGGAAAUUAAUUAUGACCUUUUUUGAUAAGUGACCGUGACUUCGGUAUUGUGAAAUAAAUUUUAACUCAUUUCAUGCAGGUUUAACGUUCCGCUUAUGCCUUGAAACAUCUUUUCUUGAUAAAUUUUUUAAUACUUCUUUUUCACAAGGCACUUUUACCAGGCAUAGGUUGGAAUUGGCAGUUGAGGAUAGAUCUUAAAACUUUAAAUAAAAUACCUUUGGGGGAAGUGCAGUGUAUUUUCAUUAUCCCUCCAACAGAAGGAGAGUUGUCUCAGGUUAGAGUCAGUGAAUAUUUAAAUGAUCUCUCCUAGGCUGCGGUCUAAAGUAGGCUUGUUUGUUUGUUUGUUUAAUGCAUCCAAAUAUAGAUUUUUCGAAGAGGAAAGUGUUUAAUUUAAAAUGAAGUGGUUUGUUUGGGAUUUUUUUUUGUGAGUGUGUGAGAGUGCUUGUAUCCUGC